AUGUCAAGAAUACCAGAUUUAUUGGGGACGGGGGAUCUGCUCCCAGUCCCGGAAUAUUCAUUCACAAAGGACCAAUCUAGAGAGCUGAAGCACUUGCUCCAGUGCCACGAGUCAGCCAUCAUCACGAUCGAUUUCUGCAUGGAUGAGCUAUGCGGAGUAUUGGAGCGCGCCAAGGUGCAACUGAACCUGAUAGAAGAGCAGAGAGAGGAUUUGGACAACCUCGAGGAUAGCAUCGAACACCUGAGAUUCCGACCCGAGAAUAAGACGUCUACCCUCUGGGCUGGGACCCUCCAAGACAGGUUCUUCCCCAGGAUGUUCGGUGUCUCACCGAGCGACGAGCGCUACGACUGGGACGCCCCUUCGGCUAGGGUUCCGAUCCCUGGUGAGUUGGUUGCCCACACCGGUUGUGUUUGUCAGAUAGCUGGGUUCCUUACCUUGAUGACGCAGACCUCUCUCGUCGAGCCCAAGCGAAGUGACAAGAUCCCCAGCAGCGCGCUCGAGUGGACGCUCCACCGCAUCGCCUAUGAGGUCAACCUCGUCCACGGCAUCAACGCCUGCAUGACGUACGUGCAGUCCAGAACCGCCCUGACCUACGACUUGAGAUGGCCUCGUGCCAGACUCUCAGGCGUGCCGGACUUCACGGUGAUAUCCCGCCUCCGUAAACGUCGCCCUCGGGUGCGCUUCGUGAUCCUGGAGAGGGACAGACCGAUGAGUUCGGCGCCGGACACGGAGCUUUUAGCUUACUUGUUCAUGGUCCACAAAACCAGGCAAGACGCGUGCGAGACGAGCCCCGUCGUCUACGGCCUGGCCACCGACGGGGAUACAAUGGCCUUUUAUCGAUUCGAAUAUCCGGGGAAGGCAAGCAUUUGCGCUGGGGGGUUUUGGGCAUGGAGAGAGACUUUGCUAAUAGUUCUUCUCUAG